AUGUCAAAGAAAAAAGCUUCAAAAAUACCUCGUAAAAAAGAAAACAUCCGCGACAGAAAAACUCCACAGAAGACGAGUUCAGCUAAAGUUGUUUCAAGCGAAGAAGUUACUGUUGUCAGUGAAUUUGUCCGUGAUUUUGUUCGACGUCAUGUGAUAACAAGUCGACGUUAUCAGUCGGAUUUAUUUUGGCGUCCAGGAUCUAACAAUAGUUAUAAUAUUAAUCUUUUGCCUCAACCUACAGAAAUUGUUAAACGUAGAAAAUGGGAUAAAUUUGCAAACGAUGAUUGUCAUUGGAGUACAGUGAAGCGUCCAGUUGUCAAAGGGGAGGUGAAGAAGAAGAGGAAAUCUCUACUGAAGUCUAUUAUGAAGGCACCGUCGAGUGUAUCCUCUGAUUUACCUUUAAAAUUGCAUGAGUUAUGGAAAGGGUAUUUUGGAAGUGUUAUCAACGCGUCACAACUAACUACUGGGAUGAAUAAUAAUUCACAUGCAAGUGUUGUUAAUAAUUUGGAGACAAUUCUGCGUCUUAAUCUUAUCGGAGCAAAGCUUAGAGUUUUACGCUCGAAAUCAUGUCGGGCUGGUGUAGAAGGCAUUGUUGUCAUGGAGACAAAGAAUACAUUUUCACUGGCUUCUUUAACAUCAUCAAAAGAAUUAUCAUCGUCUUCUUCUUCUGCUGCUGCCGCUACUGUACCUCUGAUUAUUGUUCCAAAGAUUGGUUCAUUAUUUCAUCUUAUAGUGUCUAAGGCCGGCGACUGUCGAAAUGCUGAAAUUCUACUUAACGGAGAUUGUCUAGCGCAUCGUACAGUUGAUCGAGCUGUCAGAAAAUGGAGAUAUACGCCAACAACAGCUUAUGAAUAUCAUCAAAAUGCACUGACAACAGAAGUACUCUUUUCAGAUGUACUUAUUGAUGGCAAAAUAAAUAGUUAA